AACCUCAACGCCUUUUCGCUUACGCUACCCCAUUGUUCGCUGCGAUAUCAGUAAUCUCGAGAAAACCCACUACAUGUACUUGUACAUACAUUUUCAACUUGAUUUUUUCUUUCUUCUCUUUCGGACACUUUUGCAGGCGAAAGAACAAUGUUUGAUCGGUCCGUAUAUGCAUGUAUGGUCUUGAAUUGAGUUUGUUUGAUCUGCGAGUUCUCGUAUCGUGGUACCUUGAUUACCCACGUAUACUAGACUCUAACAUGGAUGGGGCGGGCACUAAGUAAAGGAGGGCAAGAUUGGACUGUUUAUACCGAGAUCUGUCUUCCCCCCUCCCCCUCUCCUUCACCUCUUUUCUUUCGUGUCUCAUCCAUGCUGUAGAUUUUGGGAAUUGCCAGGUGCAGUAUGUACAUGAUCGCUACAAAACUAUGUGACAAGUUUCUAAAAAAAAUUGGACAAAAAUCAAAGAUAUCACAUCCCCUCACCCCUCUCUUCUCUCUCUACAUGGUAAUUUUAGCCCCGUCAAACGUUACACGACAGCUCUCGCUCGCUCGGCUGCCCGGCAUGAGGCAUGUAGUUGCAUAAGUGGCAAGUGUAUACAUGCGCUUACGCUUGGCCUAAGGAGCGGGGACAUGACGGUGG